UUUGAAUUUUCAGUCCCAAUUCGUAUCUUUUGGCUUCUAUUACUUGCUGUGGAAUAGAUAUUCCGUAAAUUCAUUUGGUCAGAGAUUUGGUAAAACGACAAGCACGAUGGAACAAAGGUCUAGAUUGUAAUUUUAAAAAUUGCGUGGGCAAAUUUUUGUUUUGUAUACUACUGCGAAAGCGUUGAAACGCAAUUAAUUUGGAAUUGGUGACAGUAAAAAGAAGGAAGAAACAAGGCCGUUACGACGGCGUUCUGCUGUUUUUUUUAUUCUGCGCGUUGAAGCGAAUGCAUUAAACUAAAGAGAAUUCUAGUGUCACAGUCACAGGGCUGGCAGUACUGAAUCCCAAACAGCCAUUCCUUGUUUGGUAGCUGUUGUCUUUGGCAUCCUCAUUUUGAAUUCUCUCUCUCCCUCCGCCAAACACACCCUUACACCCUUAAAAACACAGAAACACAACUUCAAAAUCGAAUUCAACGCGCUUCUUUUGUGUCUCCCUUCGCUACAUCGCCAUCCAUCCAGGUUUUGCAGCGAAAGAGAAAUGUCGCUGAGUUCGAGUUCCAGGGGAAGAAGAAUAACCACGGAGAUUCAGAUCCCGAAGAAAUGGACCGACAGAGAAACCAGUCCAGAGAGAACCAAAGUCUGGGCCGAGCCCAAGCCCAAAACUCCCAGAAAAGUCUCCGUCGUUUACUAUCUCUCCCGUAACGGCCAACUCGAGCACCCUCACUUCAUGGAGGUUCCUCUCUCUUCGCCUCACGGACUCUAUCUCAAAGACGUCAUUAACCGCUUGAACUCUCUCCGAGGCAAAGCCAUGGCCUCCAUGUACUCUUGGUCCGCCAAACGGAGCUACAAAAACGGUUUCGUAUGGCACGAUUUGUCGGAGAACGAUUUCAUCUACCCGACGCAGGGGCAGGACUACAUUCUCAAAGGAUCGGAGAUUGUCGACCGCGCCGCCGCCGCCGCCGAUGAGGAAUCCGAUUCGCCGGUGGUGAUCACGAGGCGGCGCAACCAGUCGUGGAGCUCCAUUGAUUUGAACGAGUACCGAGUCUACAAGUCCGAAUCGUUCGGUGACUCGGCGGGGAAACUCGGCGCCGACGCGGCGACGCAGACGGAGGACAAGCGGAGGCGGAGGAGGGCGGCGAGGGAGGAAGAAGCGGGAGAGAUUCAAGAGGAAAACGGAAUUGAAGCGGAAAUGGAGGGAAAUAGGGUGGAGCACGUGACGCACGUGAGUUAUGAUAAUAAUAAUAAUAAUAAUCGCAUUACGGAGCUGAGUAGGGAAGAGAUCUCGCCUCCGCCGUCGGAUUCGAGUCCCGAGACGCUGGAGACGCUGAUGAAGGCGGAUGGACGGCUCGGAUUGCGGUCUUUGGAAUCUGAGAAAGGGAAUCUGACGGUUGAGAGUUGUCCUAGCGGGAGAAUGAGAGCCUCGUCGGUUCUGUUGCAGUUGUUAUCGUGCGGUGCUGUGUCUUUCAAAGAGUGUGGGGCAAACUCGGUGAAGGAUCAAGGGUUCUCGUUGGUUGGUCACUACAAGUCCAGGAUGCCCCGCGGAGCAGGGAAUCAUGCGGGGAAGGAAACGGGGACAUCGAUGGAAAUUCCGGAUUUGAGCGGGGUAAGGUUGGAAGAUAAAGAAUAUUUUAGUGGAAGCUUGAUCGAAACUAAGAAAGUGGAAAUCCCUGCUUUGAAGAGGUCCUCUUCUUACAAUGCCGAUAGCGGUUCCCGGUUACAAAUGGUGGAGCAUGAAGAAGUAGUGAGGGCAAAGUGCAUACCGCGGAAGUCUAAGACGCUACAAGCAAAGAAAGAAGAGGGUGCUUCCCCGCAUAUUAUUAGCAAUGGCCAACAUGGUAGCAAAAGAUUUGACGCACAGGCACAACAAUAAAUUGAUACUUUUAAUGAAUAUAAAGAGAAAGGAAACAUUGGCAAUGGAGGUCGUAGCUCAAUAGCUGAUAGCGGAGAAGAGAACAAAAGCUUGGAAAAGUGAGGUUAACUAGAUCUAGCAGUGUGGAUGAAUGUAUAAAUAUGGAAGCAGAUAGGAUCAGUACUAAUCAAGUAGAGGGCAGUAUAGUGGCCUAAAGCUUCGCAAUUUGCAAGUCACAGGAAGAAAAUACAAGUUUGUAGCCCUUGUCCAUAUUCAUGUUUAGGUUUUGGCCUAAAGUAAGUAUAUGGGUGGCAUUAGUUUCCAUUCCUGGCGUUAUAUGGCCCUUGUGAUGCGGUGGUAAUUGCCUUUUUUCUGGUGCAUAAUUGCCUUUUUUUCUUUUUUACUUUACCACACAUACUUCAAUAAAGUUAAUGAUCUCACCACGUCAGUAGUAUUUAAAAAAAUUUCUACUAUAAAAUUCAUGAAAGAAUAUUGUGGUUGGUUCAAUAAUUGUAGGGUUUUUGACAGAUAAAAAUGGUAAAAUUAAAAUAUUUGAAUGGUUUGAUUCA